AUGGCGAACCAGCAACCUGAUUUCAACGCACUCGGCCAGCACCUGGAGGCUGCAGCGGUACAAUUUAGGCGUUUUUCAAAUAUUCCGCGUGUGGUUGAAGCCCAGCGACUUGAUCGUCUUGAGAACCGACUUGAUCAUCUUGAGAACCGACUUAAUAGUGUUCAGAAUGAGCGUAAUAGUGUUCAGGACGAACUUAAUGAUGUUCAGGACGAACUUGCCGGUGUUCAGGACGAACUUAAUGAUGUUCCGGACGAAUUUGCCGGUGUUCAGGACGAACUUCAUAGUCUUAAGAACCAAACGAGAAACCUUUUUAACGAAAACGAAAUUGAUACGACUCGGAAUCCAAUCAAUAAUAGUUUGAACCAAAACAUAGCCCAAUUGACCUCACUUCAAGGGCAAAACACCUCGUUUCUACGGCAGACUGACCAGAACCGGAUUACUCAAAAUGCUCGCGAAUAUAACUCGAUUACUAAAAACCUAAACCGAAAUGGAAUUACAAUAAAUCCACGCCAUCGAUUACUCCCGCUUCGAAAUAUAUUUACAGGAAUAACGAUCGACAACUGUCCAAGAACCAGGGGAGAGAUUCAUCGCCUAUCUCAACGAGAGGUUGACCGUCUCCUCACUUUGCUAGACUUACCCCGACAUGGGACCCUGAACCAGAAGAGGCUGGUGCUAGCCGACAGCUUCUGCUAA